AUGGACGUCAAAACUUCGGGGAAACUACCGUACCCGAAAGCUGUUGGUUUCAUCGUCACAAAUGAGUUUUGCGAAAGAUUUUCCUACUAUGGGAUGCGAACAAUCCUUUCAUUAUACCUACGUGACAAGCUGGGCUACUCAGACAACGGGGCAACGGUUAUAUACCAUGUGUUUACAAUGUUUGCUUACUUCUUUCCUAUACUGGGUGCCAUGAUCGCUGAUGGAUGGCUGGGCCGCUUUAGAACAAUAUUUUACCUGUCACUCGUUUACGCCACGGGCAGUAUACUGAUAUCCGUAACAGCGAUGCCACCAGUGCCUUUGCCACAGUUAGAAUUUACAAUCGUAGCGCUUCUCCUUAUUGCAUUUGGGACUGGAGGCAUAAAGCCUUGCGUAUCAGCUUUCGGUGGAGACCAAUUUAAACUGCCCGAACAGGAGAGAUACCUGGGCUACUUCUUCUCUCUUUUCUACUUUGCUAUCAACGCUGGUAGUCUCAUAUCAACAUUUCUCACGCCGAUACUAAGAGCAGAUGUACACUGCUUUGGAGAGAACGACUGCUAUUCGCUUGCCUUCGGUGUACCAGGCCUACUCAUGAUUGUUUCUAUACUAUUCUUCGUGGCGGGCAAGAGGUUGUACAUAAUUAAGAAUCCGACGGGCAACGUUCUUGGCAACGUGUCAGCCUGUAUUGGUCGCGCUGUGGUUAAAUCAUGCAAAAGCAAAGAAAAACGUGAGCACUGGCUCGACCACGCUGACGACAAAUACGACGCAAAUCUAAUCGAGGACAUCAAGUCUCUGCUUCGAGUAUUGGUCCUCUUUAUACCUUUGCCGGUCUUCUGGGCGCUCUUCGAUCAACAGGGUUCGAGGUGGACUUUCCAAGCUGACAGAAUGGAACAGGAUAUCGGAAACUGGACUCUAAAGGCAGAUCAAAUGCAAGUGUUAAAUCCCUUGCUAAUUUUAAUAUUCAUCCCUCUGUUCGAAGUGGCUAUUUAUCCGUUCUUGACAUGGUGUAAACUGGUGAGGAAACCGUUGCACAAAAUGAUCUUGGGAGGCAUUUUGGCUGCAGUCGCGUUCCUCAUUUCUGGAGUCGUCGAGUUGAAUCUUUUGCCUACUUAUGGCACGCCAGUUUCGGAAGGUCUGGCACAGUUAAGAGUUUACAAUGGAUUCAACUGCAAUUUAACGAUUAGCAUUUUUAACGAGCCCAAUAACAUUACGGAGAAUGUUAUAUUAGGACCUCUAGAUGUUUAUGAAAAGUUGGAUAUUGAAGCGAAUAAAUUAGUAGACCUGCCAUAUUCCCUCAAUGGGCAAAACAGCACGGAUUGUGCAGACGUUAAACAUGGUGGUUAUUUUCGACUGAAAGAGAAAACCGCAAAUUCUUAUUUCGUUACAAAUGGUGAAAUUCAGAACUUUACUGACAAUAAUGACAAGGCUAUAGACGGAGUUAAUGUGAGGUUUCUAUCAAAUAUGAUUAAUUUGGUUCAAAUAACUAUUCAAGACAACAAGAAAAAUCGAACAAAAUUGAACAUUGCAAGUACUGAUAAAGGUCAAUAUUCUUUUGAGAAGGGGACAUAUGACGUCCUUGUGGGAGAAGUUACAGUACUAAAAGACUUUUCUUUUAAAUCGGGUGCCGUGUACACCAUUAUAUUACACGAAGAUAGCGUUCUGAAUUAUUUAGCGAACGUCGUCACUAUAACUCCACCGAACACUGUGCACAUACUGUGGCUGAUACCUCAGUAUGUCGUAAUGACAAUGGGCGAGGUGAUGUUCUCCGUGACGGGGUUAGAAUUCUCCUUUACACAGGCGCCCGCUACCAUGAAAUCGGUACUGCAGUCCGUCUGGCUGCUUACUGUCGCGUUUGGUAACCUCAUUGUCGUGCUCAUUGUGGAAGGGAACUUUUUAGACGCACAGUGGAAAGAAUUUUUCCUGUUCGCUGGAUUAAUGAUGCUGGACAUGCUGAUUUUCACUGCAAUGGCACUUCGAUACAAGUACGUGCAAACCAAAUCGAGUAGUGAGAAUCUGGCGGUAGAGGAGAUCAGAAUGCCUGACAAGACUGUUGUGCCCGAGAAGAACAAU